AUGUCGACGAACUCGCCGACGAGCUCGUCGACGAACUCGUUGACGAACUCGCCGACGAACUCGCCAACGAGCUUAUCGGCCAGUGACGAGCGUGUAUAUUUCGAGCACGCCAACGAGCUCGCCAACGAGCACGCCAACGAAAUUCGAACCAUGGCUGAAGCAUUAAAGAAUGUCAUUGCUCAGAGUCUGGAGUGUCCUGUAUGUCUGAAUACCUUCACCGAUCCCAAGAUCCUGUCUUGUUCUCACACCUACUGCAAGGCCUGUCUGGACAACCUCUUGGAAUGCCAUGGUAAAGACCAGAUGCUUCGAUGCCCUGUCUGCAGAGCUGAAACCAAGGUCCCAAACCAAGAUGUCAGCAAAUUACCCGCAAAUCUAGCUUUGAAGUCUCUCAUAGAGGACAUGAAGAAUCAAUAUCAGUUUUGUACAAAUUGUAAAUCAGAGGACAAGCCCCGAGCUGUUGUCUACUGUCAAGACUGUGGCAAGUAUUUCUGUAGCACUUGCCACAACAAACACUCUCAGUGGCCAGACUUCAUCAGUCAUGAGGUCUUAGCCAUGAGUGAGAUCGUAUCAGGGACGGUGUCAGUGCGCAGAUGGCGUAAAUGCAGAAAACACCCUAAAGAGGAUGAGGAGUGCUUCUGUUCCAAUUGCAGGAGAUUUGCCUGCUUCAGGUGUGUUGUCAUGGAGCAUACAAAUGAAGGACAUUGGGUCAUCGAGGCAGCUGUUUAUGAAUGCAACCAUGUGAAGAGUAUCAAGGACCUAAAAUCCAAGGCAGACAAGAAACGCUCUUGCUUUCAGAAAUACGUUGAUUUCAUUGAUGAACAGAAGGAGCGUGUGAGCAAUGUUCAGAAACAGUGUACAGAUGAUAUCAACAAAGCAUAUGAAGAAUCAGUUCAGCAAUUGACAGAGAAGAAAGAACUCCUCAUUGGUGAAGUCAAGGGUAGGACUGAAAGAGUAGAGAAAGAACUGGACGAAAUGAAGAAAUCGGCUCAGGAGCACAUCACUCACUUGACCACCAUAGCUGACAUGGUAACCAAUCCGACAAAGAUACCGUCAGAUAUGGAUGCUUUGGCUGCACAUGACACUGUAUGUCAAGACUUACAAGAGGCUUUCAAACAAGAAGAUCCUGACUACAAGCAGCCGAGGCAAUUGAGCAAGAAAGGAAAAAGUGUCAAUUUUAAGAGAAACGUUGGAAUAUACGAGCUAGGUCUUGGUAAGAUCGUAAGUGCAGUUGCAACAAAGAACAUCGCUUUGCCUACUAAGAAUAGCAUGAGUGCCAUGGUUGGUACGCCAGACGGUAGGAUGGCAGUGGGAUCUUGGAAAGGUGGCGUGGAGAUCUUCUCUGCUGAUGGUCAGCACCAGCAGACAGUUCUCAAACAUGCGGUGAUUCGUGGAGUAGGGUUCCUCUCUGACGAUCAGUGUGUUAUACUUGAUGGCUCAAACAACCUCACACUGUACACAAUAGACUACACAAAGUUGAAUGUAAUGUUUGAGACUCUGAGUGACGAUGAAGGUGGAUUUUCUAAUCUCACUGUAGACGGUGAUGAUCAGAUCUAUGUUAGCUACAGGAGAGCUGACAAGAUCCAGGUAUUCUCACCAGCAGGUGGGAAGGCGAUCCGGGAGAUACCAUGUGAUGGUUAUGAACCUGAGCAGAUUACUAGUUAUAAUGAUUACCUGAUCAUCACAUCUGCUGAGACAAUACGAUUGAUUGACAAACAAGGUGUUGUAAUAUACAAAUUAACAAAAUUAGGUGAUGAUCUAUAUCCUGCGGUGUCUCAAGGGAAUACAAUCCUGAUAGCCACCGUGAAGCACGAUGUUGGUUUUGUCAGCAUUGAAGAGUACACUAACGAGCUGAAGCAUGUCAAGAACCUCGUCAUUGAUUACAAGAUUGAGAAGCCUGAGAGAUGGUGGUACUAUCUCCAGCAGUAUCGAUCAGGAGAGAUCGCUUUCUGCACUCCAGAUAAACUCUAUAUAUUCGACAGAAAAUGA